AUGUGGGAGGUGAUUCCUCCGAUCGUGUCAGGUUCACCGGGCGAUGUGGCCUUGCAGACAAACUCCAACCUCAGGCCUGCACCUAAGUCCACCGUAAAUACUCAAAUAGAACCGAAUAGUGUCUAUUCGUUCCUCUAUGACCUACCCGGUGAAUUGUCUCCUCUGAAAAUAAAGUUAUAUGCAGAUAAUAGUGUGGACAAUACUAGCCGUAUCCACAGAGACUCCAGUCUACCAACUGGACUGAGUAAUCCACGGCUGCGGUCUAGAAAAGACAUCCAAAGGACGUCCAAUCAAGGUCUCAAACUGAACUCGUGUG